GGAUCAGUCAACGGCUCAACCUCUCCAACCAUGCUCCCACAUUCUUCUUCUCUCCCUUCCUGAAUCCUCAGUGGAUCUCUUUUGCUCCAUUUGAAUAUCUUCUCUUCUUCUAUUGAUCAAGAUCCAUUCUCUUUUCUCAUACUGAGAAGUUCCUGAUGAGGUUUACUAGUGCUUGGAUGCUGUGUCAGUGAUUGCGAAAAAUGGUUGGAGGCUGUGGAGCUGCUAAAGCUUAUUUUGGCUCACAAUAACACCGAAUCUCUGAGAGAGGAUCUGAGAAAAUUAUCAUCGUUGGUUGUUCUGAAUAUCAAUCACAAUAAAGCUAGGGUGCAUUCCGGUGGGCAUUGGAGAGUGAGUGAAGUGAAUAAUAGCUUGAGUCUUCCUGAAGAGAUUGGUUCAGCUACUUCUCUAGUGAAAGAAUGGACUUCUUGAUCUCAAUCGCUGGUGAGAUUGUCAAGCCUGCAUGGGUCGCCAUUAGCCGCCACUUUGGUUACCUUAUUUGCUACAAAAGCAACAUUGAGAAGUUGGAGCGCAAAUUUAAUGAACUCGAUGCACUUAAGAAGGAGGUCCAAAUUAAGGUUGACGCAGCCAGACGUGAAAGGCUUGAAGAGGCCAAAGGUGUAGUUCAAACUUGGUUUGCGGAUGUAAACACAAUGGAAGGAGAGGUGAAGAGAAUCAAAGAUCAAGCUACUGUGAUCUCCAACAAUUGCUUUCCACACAUAAACUUGCACUAUAAACUUGGAAGAGAGGCUGCUCAUCAUAUGGAAACCACUGAUGAUCUUAUAAGAAAAGGCAAUUUUGAUAGUGUGUCUCACAAGGGGCCACCGCCAAGCACAACUGAUUCACUGUUGUUUAAUGAAGAUUACAUGAUUUUCGAUUCAAGGAAAUCACAUGAGAAGAAAAUGCUUGAAGCAUUGCAGGUUGAAGCUGUGCACUUAAUUGGGCUUUGUGGCAUGGGAGGAGGAGGAAAGACAACAUUAGUUAAAGAAGUCGCAAAGCAAGCCGAGGAGCAAAAGUUGUUUUGUGAGGUGGUGAUGGUGACUGUAUCACAAAACAUUGAUCUAAAGAGAAUUCAAAAAGAGAUGGCAGCAAUUUUGGGUUUGGAACUCAAGGAAGAUAAUGUACGAGUAGUUGCUGCCAACCUUGCAAAGAGAUUGACAACUACAGAAAACAAAGUUUUGGUGAUAUUAGACGAUUUAUGGGAAAGCUUUAAUCUGUCAGAUGCUGGGAUUCAAUUUCCACAGAUGGGUACCAAUUGCAAAGUGGUAAUCACAACAAGAAAUAAAGGUGUCUGUGAAGGAAUGAGGUGUCAAGAGAUAGUCGAGUUGAAGACAUUAUCUGAUGAAGAAUCUUGGAGUCUAUUCAAGAGUAGAGCAGGGGAUGCAGUGGAGUCCCCCACAAUAAGGAACUUGGCACAUAAUGUGGCAAGAGAGUGCGCUGGUCUGCCUCUAGCACUAGUGGUUCUUGGCACAGCACUAAAGGGCAAGAGCCCUGAGAUUUGGGAGGCAGUGUUGAUGCAGCUGAAUAAACAACUUUUUCAAUCCAUCCAACUGAGUUUCAAUUUCUUAGAGAGUGAGGCAGCCAAGUCUUGCUUCUUGCUCUGUUGUUUGUAUCCUGAAGAUUGGAAUAUUCCUAGAGAAGAAUUAAUGCCUAUGAUGGUUGGUGGGGGCCUCUUAGCUGAUGUUGAAACUCUAAACGAAGCACAGAGCAGAGUGUACCUACUGCUUGACCACCUAAAAGCUUGUAGUUUGCGCCAACGAUCUCGGGCUCAUUGA